UAGAAUAAACAGAAUCGGCUGAGGAGAGCCAGCAAAAUUUCGUUAGACUUUUGUUUCCCGAGUGAGUUUUCCACUUCGUCCGCGAGGGGCUUCGCCAGAGGAAAAAAGACAACUGCAAGUUGCUGAAGGCAGGGAUAACUCCGUAAACGUACUACACGUAAUUGACGUUGGUAAGUAUCCGUUAAAGACAAUGCAUGUGCCAUUUGUGAUAUUGAUAGAGAUAAAUAUGUUUAAUUAUUCUAAUAUUUGUUAAAGAACCCAUGUAUACAACAAUGAAACUUUUUAAAUGCAACAAAUUUAAUUCUAUAGAGAGUGAUACGUUGUUUAUGCGGCCAGUAACGGCGGAAUCCUGCCGUAUUCGUUCGCUGUCUAGUCAAACUUGACGACCAAGAUGACUUCUAGCGGGUCAGCUACUGGUCAGACCAUCGAUGCCGGACUCGUCCUUCCUGCUUUCUUCUCAACCGGAGUUGUGUCUCCAACUACAGCUGAAGCAUAUCGAGCAAUCUGUGAAAGUGACACCAUUGCUGCCAGAAUUGUGCAUGAAAUUGUAAGAAUAGUGGGGCUUCUUCGAGGUGAUGGAAGUAACACUAGGAGAAUGAGGAUUGCGGAUGAUUUUGUUGAUCUCCUAAAAGGAAUUACUACUCCGAGCCAAGCGUACAUGUUUGUGAAAAAGUUUGCAUCUAUCUGCCGCAAAAUUACGCAGAAGCGAAGAAAGAUUCUUAGAGGUGGAAGCUUUACCCAUUUCUCCGGAAAGCCACGGAGGCCAGUACCUGUUACAAAAAAACAUUCAACUCGCCCAAAAAGAAACGUGACCUGGAACCAGCCAUAUGUGAUUGGUCGUUUAAUUGGCCAGUAUUCGAAUUGAAUUCCUAUCUUAGAUUAGUGUUUGUGUGAUGUAUUCAUCGAUAAAAUCUUAAUUAGUUUUAGUUGUGAAAAUUUUGUGUGAAAUAAAUUUUUUU